AUGCCCGAUUGCGGUGUGGAUACCUCUGAUUUGUCGCCAGAUCCAGCCACUCGGCCCAUUCUCCAGCGUCCAAUCGUGAAGUCAGAUCAAGUUUGCAUUUGUGUGUGUGUGUGUGUGUGUGUGUGUGUGUGUGUGUGUGUGAACGCGAGCGAGUGGGGCCUUAAAUUCAAGCCUGCGGCACGUGUGCAGGACCAACUGGACUUUCGUCAAGUGCUGGCGCAGCAAUCGACCGACGCCCUCAAAGAUGACGAGGCUCGGCAUGCGCUCGACUUUGAGAAGAAGGCCCUUUUGCGCGAUGUGCUGCGCCCCUUCCUCUUUUCAUGGGUCUUCAACAGUUCCAUGACCACGGUGCAAGACUUUCAAACCUUUGCAGGCGUGCAUGCCCGCACCAAAGUCAAGACAGACGACGAUACCCCGGCUGAUGCCGAUGCCCGUUUUGCCGUAUUUCAAGAUCCCCAGGCUGCGCUCGUUCGUCGUUUCCUCAGCCUGGUGGCUUACAUCCUGGCCCUGCUUGGCGCCACACUUGGUGGGGAGCCCUUCCACAUUACAGCAUUUCCCUUUUGCUUUUGGGCCAUUGACCAGCAACUGGGUCGCUUUAUCAUCUACCUUUGGGUCAUCUCCAUGUAUGUGGGCCAGGCCCUCAAGGAUUACUUUCAUCUGCCUCGCCCCGGAGUCGUGAACCCCCGCGUUCGCAGUCUUGAGGGGCAUUAUCUCGCCGAGUAUGGUUUCCCCUCCACUCACACCAUGUCGGUCAUGGGACAAGCCUGCGUCAUUGUUUAUUACACCUACCUCAAGGAUUAUGCUGGCGAGGGAUCGUAUCCCCUUCCCUUGGCAAUGUUGUUGGCUGCCACCGUCGUCACGAUCACCGCCCUUGGCCGUGUCUACCUGGGUGUGCACUCUGUGCCUGAUAUCUUUGGCGGCUUCUUCUUUGAGACGCUCGUGUUUAUUGGGUUUGCCCACUAUGCACUGUGGUUGGACCAGUUUGUGACAACAAGCUCAGACACGCUCUACAUCCCGACGCUCGUGUGUCUGGCGGCUCUUUUGAUCUAUCCACGCCCUCGUCGCUGGACCAACGCAUAUGGCGAUACGGCCAUGAUUGCGGGCGUGGGACACGGUGUGGUCAUCGGUUCCUAUCUCUGUGCCACUGCUGGCUUUCCAGAAAUCCCUUUGCCCUGGCUGGAGGAACCAUUCUGGGCCUGGUCCAUCGUUGCCUUUGCACGAGCUCUCCUUGGCUUUAUCAUUCUCAUUUUGACGCGUCAAGUGAGCAAGUUGCUGAUGCGCCAGAUUCUGCUGGUGAUCCUUCCGACCUCGGACAUCCCGUCAGAGCAGCGCUACGCUUUUGGCGUGCCGCAAAAGUUUAUGACAUACACGGUUUGGGGAGACGAACAUGCAGCUUCCGAGGGCAGCACGGUUGCAGCGCCAGCCCUCGCCUUUGAGCCAGUCACCGACGUGCGGCAGCAGAACGAGGCCAAGUCCAACCUUUUGAGUGGAGAUUUGAUGCGCAUGCGUCGAUUUUGGCAGCAGUACGACACCGUGUUUCGGACAAACUCCAGCGUGAGUGACGACCGCCUGGCAGACGCCAGCCCCAUUCUGCAGCGUCUGAUUCAGACUGGGCUGAGUUUGAAUCGUCGCUUACCAGAGAAUGCCAUCAUCUCCACCACUCCGCUGGCUUUUGACAUGGAUGUCAGCACAGACCGGCUGAUUCCUCUGGAGAUGACCGAGCUGCAAGCAUGGGCUCAGACAUUGGUACAGCAGGUCGCCCGCCUCAACUCGGAGUUGAUUCAACUACUUUCGCAGCGCGAACGCCUCGAACACGAGCAGCACACACGACAUGCUUUGAUUGCUGCCAUUUUGAAGGCGACGACACCCACCCCCGUGAGCGCAGGAUCCGCGACAUCUUCAGAGCCCCUCAGCCGUCGACUCAACAUAUUCUCUCUUGCCACCUCCUUUUGGCGUCACGAAGGAGGUCGCACCUCUGAACGCAGUGUCCCCAGUCACGGCAGCAGCAGCAGCACUCAGGCAACAGAUGGUUAUGCACUCUCCGAUGAUGAUUGGGAGGAACAGCAUGUGCGGGACUGGGACGACAUUGCCCCAACUGUGACUGCCCACCGCUCGACCCGGCCACUUAGUCAGAGUUCGCAAGGCGAUGCCUCUGGCGGUGCUGUUUUUGUUUCCCCGGGCUCGCAGGUGCUGUUUGGUGUGAGGCCAGAGGACAACCUGUUGCACCGAGGGAUUGGCACCAGCAUGGGGCUUCCAGGUAGUGCCGGGUUGACUCGCAAAAGCACCUUGAAUGACGCCAUGGAUCGCUCGACCGAAGUGGCCUUCCACCGCAGCAAGCCCACCGCAGAUGCAGGCCGGCUCACAGGUGUUCUUAGCAUUCCCUUUCAGCCUGGUGUCACGGCGCAUAAUUUGAAGGCCUGUGAAGCCGUGUUCCGGCUCCUCGAGGCCUGGCACGCGCGCCGAGGCGACGUGGUGGCCCAGCAACAACAACUCCUGAUGCAGCUUCUUGAGUGAAAAGCAUUAUGGCCGAUCAGGCCAUCAUCCCAGGCAACAACAUGCCAUGUCCGAGCCAACCAUAAGAAAUAGCAGAGGUGAGAUGGCAAGUGUUCUCUGUGAGAACUUCGACGACCGUAGUGUUUUUGUCUCGUCGGCACUGACUUGAGAAUUUAUUCCAGAAUCU